AUGGACUUUUCACAGACUAACGUGACCAAUAGACCUGAAAGCAAGGAAAAGAAUGGUGAGAAUCGCAUAGUUCUACGAUGCAAAUCGGAAAAUGGGCAGUCGGUCCUUGUAUUGACUGGUGCCUCUACGCUCGAAGACUUGGUGGCUGAAGUAGUCUCUUCUACCGGUAUCUGUCGCCAAGCUUUGGUCCUUAGGUCGGGCUAUCCGCCCAAACGAAUUAAUUUGAGCUCUGAAAGUGCUCAGCUAACCCUGAAUGAGCUGAAAAUAUGCUCAGGUGACAGCAUCAUGGCAGUUGCAAAGCCAUUGGAGGCCCCUUCUCCUGUUAGAGAAAAGUUACCUUUCUCCCGGCUGAUUCGAAAGGUCGCUCCCUCUGACGAUUGUUGCCUUUUCACAAGCGUCAAUUUUUGCAUCAGCAAUCGUGACUCUUCUUGGUUGAUUGAUGAGCCGAUCGUGACAAAUUCUGAAGCCGUGCGGGAGACGCGUACGCUCAUCGCCCAUACUGUGCUUAAUAAUCCAGCUACUUUCACCGAGGCCAUUCUCGGAAUGCCCGCGAAGGACUAUGCAAAAUUCAUUGCGGAGCCUCACCGGUGGGGCGGUGGUAUCGAAGUUUUCAUUCUAUCGAUGCUUCAUGAAGUCGAAAUCGAUGUUGUGGAUGUGCUCACGAGUCGCAUAGAUCGGUUCGGUGAAGACAAGUCCUACUCCCAUCGCAUACUGCUGCUUUAUGAUGGAAUUCACUAUGAUGCACUCGCUGUGGAACUUUCGGACUUUGGAACGCUUCAGACAAUCUUUCCAACCACUCAGAAUUCGGUGUUGCUGGAGGCCCAAUCACUGGCGCGUGAGGCGAAGUUAGCGGGUCAGUUCACUGACUUGACUAAUUGCAAUCUCCUGUGCACCAUCUGUCGCGCUCCUCUGAGAGGUCAACAGGGGGCUCAACAGCAUGCCAAGUCCACCGGCCACACUCAGUUUCAGGAGCGCAUAUCCCUUUAG